AAAGAGAAUGAUAAUUUUAAUAAUUAAUUGAAAUUUUGGCUUUUUGAAGCUUAUGAAAAAGAGAAGAUGGAGUUCAGAAACUGCAGCUUGGCUGCCACAGCAGGCUUGGUUUGCAAACAGCUGCAGCUGCUGGGUGAAAUUCCCCUGUCAUCUGACCAGCCCAAGCAAUCUGUAUCUUGUUGGAGGAUCUUUUGGACUCCGUGAGUUUGCUCAGAUAAGAUAUGAUGUCCACAAGCUUCAUGGCAAGGUUGAUCCAGCUUUGAAAGAAAAACUAAAACAGAGCACUGUGACACUGGAAUCUGAAUAUGAGAAGCUGGAAAAGUCUGACUUGGAUAACUGGGAGAACAUCAGAGGACCCCGUCUGUGGGAGGAUUCCAGGACUGUUCAGAAGCAACAGCGAGAGGCUAUCCGCCUCAAGACAGAGUGAUUGAACAACUUUGAGUGAUUGCCCUACUUCAGUGCCUCUGGAAAAAAAGAAGUCUCAGGCUGGACUAUAUUAUUUUGUAAUCCAGUGUCAGGAACAGACAUGGGAGGUGGGGGUUGCGCUCAGAAAUUCAUGCUGAUGUAUAUAUAAAUAACUGUGAGAUCAGUCCAAAAGGCAGUGUAUUAUAUGAAGCUCUUUGUUUGCAUCCAUUUGCACAGAGUUCCAUAGGCUGUAUAUAUGAAUUCUGAAUAAAAAAAAAAAAAGCUGAAUAUUCUACUGAGAAUAUCCCAUUGUUUUUCAAUUCCUGUCAUUCAAAACUGAGAUGCUUCAGCAAGGAAUAACAUUUCAGGAGUCACUUGUCAGUACCAGAAGUUGUCAUCUUAAUGAGAACAACAGUGCUGUCAUCUAGAUGUGUGUGACCAGAUAAAUGCUGCUUCAGGGAGCCCUUGAAUGACUUCAGGCUCUUAGUCUUGGAAGAGACUCCAGAGGCAUCUGAGCUGUUCGGAACAGUGAGUCCUUUUUUUUGGCUAAAUAAUAUCCUUGUGUUUCAUUUCCAGGAACUUGACUGUCAUGUACAGUGUGUCAGCUGGUAAUUGGUUAAAUAACAUUUGUUGAGCGGUGGUUAAAUUUUUGUGAUUAGUUUAUUGAUACAUUUGUGCAGGCAGGAGCUUUGCACUGGAACUUCUCAGUUUACAUUGGAAGAAUUCUUCCUCGCUAAGAGCUCUGCUGUUUCUCUGUAAUCAGAUAUUGUAGCAGAAUCUCUAUAUGGUGGCAAAGCUCACCUUGCAUGUAUUAUUCCACGUAUAUUUGUGCAUGUGCACAGAUAUUUUUUUUAUCUUUUAAUGAAUUCUUCUGAAAUGCUUGUCUUUUUACAUUUCUCUUUGAAUGCUAAGUGUUUGCUGUUAGAGGAAACCCGUGCUAACAUUUGGACCCUUCUGCUGAGACAGUUCAAUGAAGAAACAUCUAGGCAGUUUUUUAGAUUAAAUUAAGCUUUUGAUAAGGUAUUACAACAGACCUAUAAAACCCCUCUUCAAGGGAAUGGAGUAGUAGAGCACAGGUUAAGAGUAGAUUCAAAGCAUUCAGUGACAUCUUUGUGUAAAUCUUUCUGGAACAGUCCUUGGAAAAGGUGUGAUUUUAUUCUGUGCAAAAUAUGUCAAAUGCAAUCUGAAUAUCUUUUGGGACAUUUUAUUUAGGGUAGGGUCCUUGUUCUCAUGUGAAGCUUCCUUCAGCCCCUGAUUUUCUUCAGUAUCUCAGGGAUGAAGUCUAGUGUUUCUCUCAGGAAGAAGAAUCAACACUGAUUUUUAGAGAAUUGUAAUGCAAUUCAUAAAGCAUUACAUGAAAUAUCUUAGUCAUUUUCUGUGCAUGUUUUCUUCUGAUAGAGUUGCAAAGACCAUCACAAAGUGUUGCGUGUUAUCUCAAACAAGGUCAGAGCUGUGUAUUUGUGUGUUUCCCUGUUCAAUAUUAUAUAUAACUUUGGUUCUAAAUA